ACAUUCGGCCAUUCAACACCGUAGUUCGAAGUGUGCGUACGUGCGUUGUGGAGCGGUGUCGUUUAUAUUGUUUAAAAUACUUUUGUGUUGGGCAAAAACAACAAAACAGCAGUUAACAUAAGUGAACUUAAAGUAGAAGAGACGUUUUUUCGGGCGUCCGUAUAAAGUUAUUGACUAGUUAGACCAUCCUACCCACACAUCAACGCGGUUCCAAGUCUUGUCUGCAUCGCUUCUCGAUCGUGAAACACUAGAUAUCUUUUGGGUUCAAACAUUAGCAACAAAUAAUGCAGUCACACAGCAAGAAACGCGUUUGCUACUACUACGACAGUGAUAUUGGCAAUUAUUACUAUGGCCAGGGACAUCCGAUGAAGCCGCACCGCAUACGCAUGACGCACAACCUCCUGCUGAACUAUGGCCUGUACCGGAAGAUGGAAAUUUAUCGACCACAUAAAGCAACGGCGGAUGAGAUGACAAAGUUCCACUCGGACGACUACAUCCGGUUUCUGCGCUCGAUCCGUCCGGAUAAUAUGUCCGAGUACAACAAGCACAUGCAGCGAUUUAACGUCGGUGAAGAUUGUCCCGUGUUUGAUGGGCUGUACGAGUUCUGUCAGCUUUCGGCCGGUGGAUCGGUAGCCGCCGCCGUAAAGCUCAACAAACAGGCGUCCGAGAUCUGCAUCAACUGGGGCGGUGGUUUGCAUCACGCGAAAAAGUCGGAAGCGUCCGGCUUUUGCUACGUAAACGAUAUCGUGCUCGGCAUCUUGGAGCUGCUCAAGUACCACCAGCGCGUGCUGUACAUCGAUAUCGACGUGCACCACGGGGACGGUGUGGAGGAAGCGUUCUACACGACCGAUCGCGUGAUGACGGUCAGUUUCCACAAGUACGGUGAAUACUUCCCCGGUACGGGCGAUCUGCGAGACAUUGGUGCUGGACGGGGCAAAUACUACGCGGUCAAUAUUCCACUCCGGGACGGUAUGGACGAUGAGUCGUACGAUUCGAUCUUCGUCCCGAUCAUCUCGAAGGUGAUGGAAACGUUCCAACCGUCGGCCGUGGUGUUGCAGUGCGGUGCGGACUCACUGACCGGCGAUCGGCUCGGGUGCUUCAAUCUCACCGUCAAGGGGCACGGCAAGUGCGUAGAGUUUGUGAAAAAGUACAACCUGCCGUUCCUGAUGGUGGGCGGCGGUGGAUACACGAUCCGGAACGUGUCCCGCUGCUGGACGUACGAAACGUCGGUUGCGCUCGGGGUGGAAAUAGCGAACGAACUGCCGUACAACGAUUACUUCGAGUACUUUGGACCGGACUUUAAGCUGCACAUCAGCCCGAGCAACAUGUCCAACCAGAACACGACGGAGUAUCUGGAGAAGAUAAAGAACCGGUUGUUUGAAAAUUUGCGCAUGCUGCCCCACGCACCGGGCGUACAGGUGCAACCGAUUCCGGAGGACGCGAUCAACGACGAGUCGGAGGAUGAGGAUAAGGUGGAUAAGGACGAACGGUUGCCGCAGGUCGACAAGGAUAAGCGGAUAGUGCCGGAUAAUGAGUUUUCCGACUCGGAAGAUGAGGGUGAAGGCGGUCGUCGGGAUAACAGGUCGUUUAAGGGACAGGGUGGGCAGCAGCAGUCCCGCAAGAGGCCACGCAUUGAGAAGGAUGGAAAGGCGGAGGAUGUGAAGGAAGAAAAGGAAGCGAAAAUGGACACCAGCGGCGAUAAGGAGGAAACCAAAGCGACUGAAGAACCGGCCAAGAAGGAAACGACGGGUGUUGCAUGAUCCACGCUGUCAUCGUUUCGUAAGCAGCAACCUCCAUCGUAACAAACUCCACGCCACGAUGACCCUGGAGCAUGAACGACGAUUUACCUUUCAACUGACAAAUGAUGCUCGCGCAAGAGAACUAACUGACUUCAAAAGUAGGGACUUGUUUAGGUCACCGUUUGGGGUGGGGUGCUGCUAAAUCCGGUGCGGAUAUAGCUCGCAUGUAAAGGCGUAUUUUAUUCGCUUCACGACGCAAACUUCGGAUUAGGUUUUAACAGUAAACAGUCGCUCAAGCUGCUGCUGACCUACGGCAGUACAGAGAACUGAAGAGAUGCAAAACGGAAAGGGUGUUUCCAGUGAUUGGAAAGAUGAUGUCGAUGGUACGCAACUGUAUUCUACUGAUCUCAGGAAGGAUGAUAUAAAACCCCACAAACAAACAAACCACAACAAAUGGCACACCUAUAAAAGAUUUUUUUUCUCCCUCACAGAAUAUAGUAAAGAAAUAACAAUCCGUAACAAACUAACUCAUUAGAAGCUGGCAGAAGAAAACAAAUUGACUUUUUGACACUCACACACAUAGAAAAAGUCUUGAGGACAGAGGCAGGAAGAUGAACAGGGUAUAUAAGAUAUGGUACAACUAUUAGAGACCACAACAAAGAAGAGGAAAAACAAACAGUUAAAGUAAGUAAAAUUACCUUUGCUCAUUCUUCAUUAUAACAAUUUCAAUUGCUUCAAUACGCUUUAGAAGGAAUUAUGCGAAAUAUCCCGGUGUGAUAUUGACUCGCAUGGAAAUCGUGUUCUAAAUGUACCAAUUUUUAGUUGCUAUUCCUUACCUUUCCACUCUUCAGUAAGUCUCCAGUGUUCUUCCCGUGACGCAUUAUCGCAUUUUAUCGCAUCCCCCCACGAUUAGGAGAAGAUUCCUUACUGAGCUUCAGUUUUUCCUCGUCCGGAGACGAGUUCAUAAUUUACACUUAACUAAAAUCUAAACGGAAACAGGAAGACAGGAGAAGGUCGUUUCGCAUUGCGAGCAACGUAUCACGUAUGGUAAGCCAAGGGGGUGACCCCCUAACGUGUCACCGUAACUAAUAGUGGAAUUAAACAAUUAAGGCAUCGGGCGCAGAGACCGGAUUGCUCGUCUGGCAAUUGGGUCCUACCUUACUGACAACCGGGCUGCUAUCAUCCGUUCGUAGCCAGAAACACCCCUUUUCGCCGUUCAUGACCUACUAUUAUUCGAAUCAAACUCAAUACCUCAUCGUGUAGCAACCGGUUUUUUUUCUGUUUCAAAAUUAUUUAAUCUCAAAGCUUCUGGCUACUUGGAUAGAUAGGUUCGGUUAUUAAAAGCAGGGUUGUAAAACUAUCAGCUAGGGUAAAAAAAAGAAGAUAAUGAAAUAUCAGAUCGGUGGCGCAUACAGAAAGGAAGAGGCGAGAGUGUAUCGCAACUACGAAAAUGACUCGGAACGGUCGUCCUAAUGGGCUGGGUGGGGUGCAGAUUGAUUAAGUAUUACCAAGUAAAGACAAAAAGAAAAAGAAACAUUCGUGCGGAUUGCCAAUUUUCCAAACUCAAA